AGUUGGUUGGCGCCUUAAAGACCACCACCCUCCGCGGCCGCUGUUCCCUUCCCUUCCCCUUGCAGCAGUGGACGUUCGCUUUGUUUCUCCCACCUCACCACCUGCGUCGUCUCGUCUCUUCUCGUUGCUUGUGGAGUUGUGAUCCCAAGAGUUUAAUCGAGGAGGAGGAAGCGAAGCUUUAGCAGCUGCGGUCUGGUUGUUGCCGGCCGGCAAGGGCAUGGAUCCGUCGGGUGCGUUCUUGCAGCAUGCGCCUAGCUCCGUCCCGCGGAGCUCCAGCAACGUCUCGCUGUCGUCGCUGGCCAGGAACGGGAGGGGCGGCGCCGGGGGCACCAGGGGGCGGAAGAUGAUGCGCAGGGUCUGCCGCGGCGUCAUCACCUUCAUCUUCGCCAUCGCUGGUCUAUUCCUGGGAGCGGUGACCGGCGGGCUGAUCGGACUGGCGACGGAGAGCGGGCUCUUCCGCGGCACCGGGAUCGGCGCCAUCACCGGCGCGCUGGUCUCCAUCGAGGUGGUCGACUCGUCCAUCCGGCUGUGGCAGUCCCGGCGGUCCGGGAUCUGGAGCAUCUUGUAUGUGCUGAACGUGAUCUACAGCCUUCUGACCGGCAGGCUCGUCCGCGAGAAGGUCGACCCGGCGGUGCAGCGGGUGGUCCGGAGCCAGAUGAACGCGGUGGACUCUUCGCCGUUCAGGGAGUCGCCGGACCUGUUCGAGGUCGAGGCCACCAAUGGCAUGCCGCGGGCGUCCAUCGACAAGCUCCCCGAGGUCAGGAUCACCGAGGAGUACAGGCGCGACGCCGUCGGCGACCUCUCAGGCUGCUCAGUCUGCCUCCAGGAUUUCCAGGUCGGGGAGAAGGUACGGAGCUUGCCGGACUGCUGGCACGUGUUCCACGUGCCGUGCAUCGACGGCUGGCUGAUCAAGCAUGGCUCCUGCCCGCUGUGCAGGAGGAAGCUCUAGAGUCACCACACCAUGCAUGGAUAUGAUCCACUGCGCUUGUUGCCUGCUGCAUGCGAGAGCUGAUCGAUGUAGCCUGCAUUGCUGCUGUUGCCACUUGUUAGUAGGAGGAGGAGACUGACAUCUAUAGAAUCCUUAAUUUAUAGAGAGCGUUUUGUUUUGUUUGUACGUGUUGUUCCCUUUGCAUCUUUUUGAUCUACAAUAUAUAUCAUCCUCUCUCUUUCUCCUGGUGUAAUAUACUCUGCUGCUUCUGCUCAAAACCAACCCUGGACCGGCCGGUUUGUGCUUUGAUCGAUCUCCGGAUUGAUCUGGUGUAAUAUAUAAUUAGUAUGUAUAUCGCACUUGGACAUACAUAUCUUGCCAUGAAUUGUUAACUUGUUUUAGUUUCGUCA